GUUCGCCCGAAGAAGCUAACAUUCCAAAUCUCUACUGCUGCAAGAGUGGUCAGCGGACACGAAUGGGCAAGGUUUAACGUACCCGCUGUUGACCAUUAACGUAACCAAGUCCUCAUUCCGUCGCUUAAGUCAGUGACGUCACGAUACCGCCUACCUGACGAUAACUGGCCAGUAGCAAUCCUUGGCUGGAUGAUUCAUCACAUUUAUUCUGCACGAAUGGACGUUUAACCACCCUGUGCGUUCGCCCUGUAGUCUGGACGAACGCUGCAAACUUGAUUUAUUAUUCUAUCGAUUGUUAUUGAUUAUCCAGUUUUAUGAAACCGAUAAGAGCCUAACAAAAUAUGACAAUAAUAAUAUUAAUUGUUCAUGUCUCACAAUCAACAAGCCUUACGUAAUGUGUUAAAAAUAUUCAUUCACGUUGCUGCUUAUCCGAAGCCAGAAAGUGUGCUAGUCAGAAAAUAGAAUUUUCUUUCUAUAGACGUACGUACGACGGUGGCAUAACUUGUAUUGCUGUUGUAAGUGUUGUUUUGGAAAUUUUUGAACGUCGUUUUUGCUGGAAGCUGUGGCAGCAGACGACUUUAACCGUUUUGAUAUUGUUUUGCCGUCGUGGCAAAAUGGACGCCUUGGAAAUGACUUCUACAGAACUCGAUGGAUCCUCUCCGAAGACGCCAAAUGCGGAUGAAUUUUCAGCAGCGAAGAAAUCUGAAGUGACUCACGACAUCCAUCAAGCCAGACCUGAUGUCCAUCGAGGAUUUUUUGACAAGUUGACAAAAGAUGUGGCCGAUAUCUAUAAUGACUUGAUUGGUUCUACGCCGCUUCUCAGGACCACAACGGAGCGAGCCGACGCCAGCUUGACUCAACAGUUACAAGAGAUGGAGCGGACCACCGAAGACAUGCUGGAAAAAAUUGUGCAUUAUUGUGAAAUUAUCGAUAAGAUUCGCUCCGACACCUCGGAAACGCUGAAUCUGAAUCUUCCUCGUUGUUAUGAGAUCGUCAAGGAUCUGGAAGUAAUGUAUGGAAGGAUUGAUAAGCUUGAGCACAUGCUCUCAACCGCGCGCACAUGCACCACGGCAAUGGAGGAUACCGUAGUUCGAGCGGAAGAGGAAUUGAUGCCAACGACAUCGCAGUCAAUAAAAUCGUUUUUACGUGACAUUUCGCCCUUUGUUUUGCCAAAGGAAGACGUUUCCAAGUGGACAUUUUGUCAUUAUGCCGAGCCGCCAUUGUACAUGACGAAAAUACCCUCGCCUAUUGAUUCGGAAGAUAAAGUUCAAGAAAGUGAAGUUUACGGACUGUGAAAUCCGGAGGGUCCGUCAGACUAACGAGUUCCUAUUUCUGUCGCUUUGUGAUUUGGGAAUACAUCCCUUGAUUUGCUGUUGUUCCUAGUUCUGUGCACAAUUUGAUGACUGAUUGGGGUGAUGUUUGCCAUUUUCAUUGAUUUAUUAUGGCGUUAAACCGCCGCAGAGCACACUGUUAAUCGAAAAUCUGCUUGUUUAGCACUGUAGCUACUGACAGUGAGAUUAGAAGGCUGUCAAUUACGGUACAAACGUUUCCGCAUUCGUAGACGUUACAACAAAAUCUAAAAGGAACGUAGAGGCAACAUUAACAAAGUCAAACACUAGAGAGAUAAAUGUAAAAAACCGUUCCAAAUUCCCGGCAGA